AUGGAGUUGUGGGAAGGUAUUGCUUCGGCGUUAAACAAUAUCGGCCCUCCAAUACGUAGUGGCAGCGAAUGGAAUAAGUUGGACUAUAAGCUAAAAUUAAAAAGGAAAAUUGCAGAUAAUCGAAAGGAGAUUGCAGCCACAGGUGGAGGACCAUACAACCAACGGAGUUUAACGCCUUUGGAGCAGGCCGUGGACGAGCUGCUCAGCUUGCAGCAGGCAGUAAAUCCAAGCGGAGCCGCAUUUGGUAGCACUACACCUGCACCUGCACCUGCACCUGCAUAUUUAGAAGAAGAACAUCUGGAUGAUGUCGAGGUGCAGCCUGAACAGGCUGGAAAUGUUAGCAUUUCGUCUAGGCAGGCACCUACAAGCAGAGUGGAGGGCCGCGAAAAUUUGCGUAUGAAGGCUUUGGAGAAACAUGGAGAAACGCAAGAAAGCCUUGUCGGUAUUAUGCACAAUAUUAAUUCGAUGGGGUGGCCGACGAGACGUAUCGAGUCUGGUUCGGUCUGGGAAACGCUGCUGAGAUGA